UAAAGGGGUAGCUAUGGAGAUGGAGCGUUUUCCUGGCUGCUUUCUUUGACAGGUGUUGAGUGGGGCAAAAGUCUUAAAACAGAAUCCAGCAUGUACGCCAAAGGUAAAGGAGCUGUCGUCCCUUCCGAUAGCCAAGCGAGAGAAAAGUUAGCUUUAUAUGUGUACGAGUAUUUGCUGCAUGUCGGCGCACAGAAAUCAGCACAGACCUUCCUGUCAGAGAUCCGAUGGGAGAAGAACAUCACACUCGGGGAACCUCCAGGAUUCUUACACUCAUGGUGGUGUGUAUUCUGGGAUCUGUACUGCGCUGCCCCGGACCGGAGGGAGACAUGUGAACAUUCCAGCGAGGCCAAGGCUUUCCACGACUAUAGUGCGGCUGCCGCUCCCAGUCCAGUGAUGGGCAACAUGCCGCCGAAUGACAGCGUGCCGGGAGGACCCAUGCCCCCGGGCUUCUUUCAAGGUCCUCCAGGAUCUCAGCCGUCCCCUCACUCGCAGCCCCCCCCACACAACACCAGUAACCCCAUGAUGGGACCUCACGGACAGCGGCAUCCUCUCAAAGGUGAUUCUGAAAACCAUCUGUCUGGGCCCUUCAUGUCCCCGCGGUACCCAGGCGGCCCGAGGCCCGCCCUCCGUUUGCCAAAUCAGCCUCCUGGGAGCAUCCCCGGGUCACAGCCUCUCUUACCAAACAGCCUGGACCCCACCAGACCUCAAGGACAUCCAAACAUGGGCGGUCCGAUGAGGAUGAAUCCCCCGCGAAGCAUGGGGAGCAUGGGCCCACAGAACUACGGCGGAGGAAUGAGGCCUCCUCCCAACUCCAUGGGGCCAGGGAUGCCGGGCAUGAACAUGGGUCCUGGUGGAAGAGGGCCGUGGCCAAACCCCAACUCCAACUCAAUAGCUUACUCAUCUUCAUCUCCAGGCAACUAUGUGGGUCCUCCAGGGGGAGGCGGCCCACCAGGAACUCCCAUCAUGCCGAGCCCCGGAGAUUCGACAAACUCAAGUGAAAACAUUUACACAAUGAUGAACCCUAUCGGCCCCAGUGGAAAUAGACCUAAUUUCCCCAUGGGACCGGGUCCUGACGGGCCCAUGGGCGGGAUGGGUGCCAUGGAGCAGCAUCAUAUGAACGGAUCACUAGGCUCUGGUGACAUGGAUGGGUUGCCAAAGAAUUCUCCCAACAACAUGGCAGGCAUGAACAAUCCUCCCGGCACUCCGCGGGACGACGGCGAGAUGGCAGGCAACUUUUUAAACCCAUUCCAAAGUGAAAGUUAUUCACCCAACAUGACGAUGACCCCUGGGGAUGCAUCUGGAAAGCAGGACUCCCCUCAAGGCCCCGCAUCCCAACGCCUGUAAAAUGGGUUUAAGAACAUGAAAAGGCCUUCAAGCAACAGGAAGGGUCUCUGCGCAGCUUCAUCAUCUUCUUCUUCGCCUGCCGGGCCUCAAUGCGGGCCCUCGGACAGUAAGAGCCCGAAACUGCUCUAAGGCUGUCUCUCCCAAACCCAAAACCUGCCCUCGUGGGUGGCAUUCAAUCCCAAAACGAGAUCUACCACCAUCAUAUUACACCGAUUAUAACUUACGAGGGCACGCAGUUGUUGACUGACAGGGGCCGAAUACCCUCAUUCAAAAACUCCUGUGUCAGGAAUGAUAAUAAAAUUAUAAAAAAAUAAAAAAAGAACUGAUAAUGUAAUUCUCGGGCAAGAAUUAAAUGUUUGUAUUUUUUUGUUGUUGAUGGUGAUAUUAUUGUUAUAAUUUUCAUAAUUGAUAUUAUUCUACUAAUGUAGUUAUGAUUUCCUGUAAAGGGCACAUUUGUAUCUCAGCAGCAGCAACAACGAUGACAAUAAGCACACACUCGGAAAAAAAGACAAAUGCACAAUGAUUUUCUGUUUACAUGAUUUUAGGUUUAUUUGUUUGUCUUUCUUUGUCACAGUUCUCUCUCACUUCAAAUACCUCUCCUUAAAACUUCUCCGAAGCUCGCAGCUUUAAGAGUCUUUUGCCAUCUUAAUGUUUAUAGCCCUCCUUCGUAUAAGUGUUCAAAGCAUCGGUGAUCGGGGUAAUUGGCUGUCUCAUCUAAUAGUUUACUAUCUCGGCUAAAACUAUCCAUACAACUAUCCUUAAAACGGAGGCUUUUUCAGAGCUCUGCAGUUUCCUGGUGCAAAGUGUCCGCUGAUGCCCCUCCAUGUGUAGCUAUCUCGUCUUCAUGAGCACCCCCUCCUCUCAGUCCUCCAUGUUCCACUGUAUGGGAAUGGCUCUGAGGUGCCAGUAUCCAUCCGGUAAUCCGCAGAGCAAGAGAGCACCUCUUCUAUGGAUUUGGUCUUGUCUGUAAAUACAAGAUAUUUAGCCUGUUAUUGUGGUUGCUUUUAUUAUUUGUUAUUGACAAGUCGUCUGUGGUUUCUUCCCUUCCGUCACCUUGUUUUUGAUUUAUAACCUCGCUGUGGACUCCCGAGUGGCACUGUUUUCCUCCCAGGGUUCAUUCUGGUCUCUCUCGCCAAUGUCUCCUUCCUUUUGGGAUGGUAGAUAUAGCGGGGACUUUGAGAUACACGCACCAAGCCGGGCUCAGUGGCUGGGAGUUCAGAGGGGGGGUGAACUCGCAGAUCCUUUACGAUCCACUUUCUUAACCCAGACCAGACGGGCUAAAUAACUGGCUCCCCAAAUCGACCGGUUCCCAUCAGCGAGGCCCCAAUGCCCGCGGGAUAAUCCACCCGGAGUAUUGGGAGGAUGUAGCGGCGCUGGCGAUGGGAGCAGAGCGAUGCCCCCCCCCCCCCCCCCCCCAGGGGUUAACCGACCGUGCAGCCACAGCGGUCUACAGACGAUGAGGAACAAUAACGGGACACUUUUUGUCGUAGAUUUAUUUCCAUUAUUUGUGGAUUUGUUUUCAGCGGAUUAUUUUCAUUUGAAGCGUAUUCAAACUGAGAAAAUGAAAGCCCGUAGAAUCUGCACUCAAAGAGAAAAAGCAUAGUUACAUGUGACGCGCUAUUUGAUCUUUUUGUCUUUUUUUUCUUUCUGUAUGUUCUCUGCUCUCGGCCUCAUCAACUCUCUGUCACUGUUUCCAAAGGGAUACGUUAUCUCUCGCGGCAUCACACUGCAGCACUUACGUCACGGCUGUGUCCAAACCGACGAUAACUAAACGACCAUUGUAGCCUCUCUGGGUGAUGGUGACGUACUCGUCAAUUUUCUGAUAUCAAUGUGAACAGAUUGUACCCAGAGUUCAACGGGGGCGGCUCCAGGAUUUGGCUAUCGGCGGCCUGGGAAACACUCUCCGUGUGUAGUGACACACACCUCCCCGUCUUUCCUCCAAUCCCAUUCCCGACCCCUGAAAAAACGUCUCCCCUCCCUUCUCUUUCGUUUCCUUUUUUUGUAAAUAAUGUAUAAUGCAUUUUGAUAUCAUUGACAUGUUUUGAUAUGUCAGUCACUACCAAUGAAUACAGCUGAAAGUAAAUUAUAAAUAAAACUGUCCAUGUUUUUUUUCAUAGAGAAAGGAUGCGCUGACUAUUUGGCUCAUGUGGCUAAAUUUCCAUAAAAAAUGUAUAGAAUACAGUAACACAAUAAAUGCAGACUGUAUGCUGAAGACUUGUAUGGUGGGGAGGACAGGACAGAGAGAGGACAGGAAGGAGAGAAGCAGACGAGCUGUGGCGUCCUCACUCUGCCCUCGCCUCCUUAUGCGUCUGUUAAGUGUUACUAUUGGCUUUGAAUAAUCAAUUGAAUCAUUUUCCCAAAGGGCAUCUUCUCACAAACAAAAAAAACAUGUGACCUCUUAUUGCAGUUUUUAAUAUGAAGGAUUUUUAUCAAUUUAAGAAAAACUUUUAAAAAGGUAAAAAUACUUACGAGAACCAUUUUAAAUUAAGACGAGAACAAAAAGUAACUGUGUCCUUUGCUAUUGGCUCCUGUUAUAGCGUUGUAUAGAUCGAAGCUCUCUCACUGAUCCUCUCUCAGUCCUCUGUGUAUAUCGAUCGUUGGCCAUCUCUGUACUUCUAUUGUGAUGUAUAAUACUGUACCAUUAGGAAGAGUUGCUGGUUGGGCGGGGUGGUUAUGUUGAGUCGGGGAGGGGUGGGGAUUCAAGGGAAGGGAUAAAUGAUUCUCCUGUACCCGUCAUGGUCCUUUCUGAUGACACGGCAGUAUUCAAUAUGAAGCAGUCUGUCUCUUGGAUUUGCUUUGUAUUUUCAUGGUAGGAUAGUUCAGAAUCUUGUCUUAGGGACUUAGGUGUCUUGUGUAGGUAAUAAAGAUGUUCUUUGUAUGUUUCUUUAUAUUGUAAAGUUUCUUUAGACUGAAAGAAAAACAGAUAAUUUGCUUAUCAAAAAAGAAACAAUGCAUCAAUAAUAAAUGUCAUUUGAUUUUUA